AUGUGGAACUACCUGUUUGGGGGACCAAAGCAGAAGAAAGAGCUGCCAAAAAAGGCAAUCGUCGAACUGAGAGAGCACAUCCUAACGUUGACCAAGAAGGCGGCGUAUCUGGAGUCGCAGGUGAAGGAACAGGAUGCCGUUGCAAGGAAAAAUGUGUCGACCAACAAGAACGUGGCCCGGCUUGCGUUGAAGAAGAAGAAGAAGCUGGAGGGGGAUCUCUUGAAGAUCGGAAACCAGAUCGAGUCUCUCGAGACGCAAUUGAACGCGAUCGAGUCGGCGAACUUGAACUUGGAAACAAUGAAGGCCAUGAAGCAGGGCGCCAAGGCGAUCAAGCAGAUACACAGCGACUUCGACAUUGACAAGGUGGACGAGACAAUGGACGACAUCAGAGAACAGGUGGAGGCCAGCGAGGAGAUCUCGGAGGCCAUCAGCAGACCGUUGGCGACAGACUACGUGGAUGAGGACGAGUUGGACGAGGAGUUGGCAGCGCUGCAGGAGGAAGAGGUGGAGUCGAAUCUGAACGUUUCGGACUCCCACGUGAUAAAUAAGAUGCCCUCUGCUCCCACGAAGAAGGUGGAGGCACCCCAACAAGCCGCCGCCGAAGACGAGGACGAAGAUGAGCGUGCUUUGAGAGAGCUCCAGGCCGAAAUGGGUAUGUAA